AUGCUUUUUAAAACCUUCAAAAUCUGUCUGCUUCUCGGGCUGCUCCGCGGCACUGUGGGCGAGAGAAAAUGGGACUACGAGCCCGUGUCCAUAGAAACCUACAGCACGGAUGAGAGUAAGCUGAAGGUCGAAUCCAAAAUCGAUCGUCUAAAGCGCGGAGAAUCUUUCAAUCUUUUAAUCCAAUCGCCGCAGGUCGAGGCCAGUGCUUACCGCAGCAAUUCUGGGGCGGAGAACGACUACAAGGUCCUGCCCUGGUCUAUACCCAAGCAGCCCUACUAUGAGUAUCUCAACACGUACUACAAGGACGUGCUCAUUAAUAACCUUGGCCACUGCUCGAAUCUGCCGCAGUUCGAGGGGAAGUUCCAGCCGCCUUGGCCGAAGGACAACUACCUCGUCGACAAAUGCGUGAUCGACGGCGAGGGGCUUCCGGAAGUUGUUCCGCUCGGUUUCUACAAGAUUAUAUUCAUAAUAAGCGGACCCGAUCAGCCUGAAUGGGGUUUCACUGUAGUCCUUAAGGUAACAGCUAAACUUUUUUAGACAACUGUUUUUCGGAUUCGGAAAGAAUAUAGAAAUUUUCACACAUUUGG